AUGGGGCCGAAAAAACAACUUCGUAGGAGAGGCGAUAAGGAACCCACAAACGAUGGCACAGAAAUGUUGGGGGAGGAAAACCUGUCAGCAGUAUCGGAGCUACGAUACGAAGAGGAAGAAGGGAGGGAAGGCGCUGAGCGGCAACGGAGCUCGAGAGGCGAUGCGCAAAUAUCACCGCAAAUAUCACGGAAGCGCACCCGCAGCGCAACUGCCGAGCGUUCGCCUCGUAAUGUCGAUGAAACUGAGGCAGAGCAAGAUUUAGGGGAGGACGCGGUCGGGCCGGGAGCCCGGCGGAGCUCAAUGGAAAUCCGCCACAGUAACACGAACUGGAGCAUCCGUGAACGUAGCACAAACCUAAGGAAUGACCAGGAAGGAUUCUUUCACGACCUGAACACCAUGCAACCAUUGCGGGUUCGGCUUGGAGUGUGUCCCCCAUUUGGAUGCUCCAGAGCAAACACAACACCGAUGUUGUUGAUGCCACGCAAAUUUUUUGUGCUGCCAGAAGAUAAGGGUGGAUCGGAUGUCGUUGGUUGGGCCGGUGCCUUCACUAGUGUUUCUUUAGACCUCCCUGAGCAGGGGAUUUAUAAUAAGGCAUCUGCUUCUCUGACAUUGAUGCUUCCACCGUGA